CUAUUUGGCUGUUCAGAAACUGGUUGUUUCACAUGGAUAUGAAUUCAUUUAUUUUCAAAACGUCAUCCUCCACAGACGGAAUAUCAUUACGACCUUCUGCAAGCCUAUUGAAGAAUAGGUCAACUGGAUCAUAAAAUGGUCUCUAUAGCAACCUCGGGUUGUAAAUGCCUCCUCACAUCAUCGGCAUCUAAAUGUCCAGACUUUACCAUAUGUGUAAAACAGUUGACAAAACAGCACAAUGGUUUAKAUAUCUAAUGCCUGUCGUGAUCAUGAAUCUGGGUGAUGGUUUAUGAAUGAUGGUGAUGACAGCAUCCUCCUCGACUGUCGCUCCCAUAAUCUAACACCUGCGCAGCUGCRGGUAAUUCAUACAAUUUUAUCUGAUGCGGAUCGCUGCUGCUGGCUGCACUGUCUAUACCCAAUGGUCUGUACGGACGAACUGCCACCAUUUUAAACUCUUUGAAGACAAACUUGGAAAAUAUAAGAAUAUGCUAUUUGUGAGCACGCUYUUCAUUGAGGAUUACAGACAUCUAAAAAGCAGAGUCGUUUGGUUGGGGUUGCCUUUGUUUUCUGUUGAGAGAGUAGAGGACUGAACUGAUGCUGCGUCGAACACCCUCCUGAUCAGCAGAGCCGAUGGUAAACAUAAAAAUUUUUGUCGGAUGAUCGAACCUGAGCGGACGAUCUCCGAGGCUCACUCUUGGACCAUCCACUCAUCUGUAAGGUCCUUUAUAAAUAAAUAAAGGGACGGGAUAUUAUUUUAAAUAGGAUAAGGCAAUUACCAGAUGAAAGCGGGACAAACCCCACUACAGGACCUUAACGUAAAGAACCGGAUUAAACAGUCAAUAACCAGUGGACAGAGUCUGCCAUAGGGGAGAUUAUCAAAAACUCAGUAAACACACAUACACCAUCAUUCCCGAUGGCGCUUGAAGACUCUGCCUUCACCUCGCGGCCAGAGUCCCUCUCUCUGCCCGUGGUGGAGAAAGCGAAGGGACCAGUGGAAGAGGCUACCGAGGUGACGGCCUCCACCGGAGUGUUUGAUGUGUCUGAGGAUCUGGGCCAUGUGGUUACCACGGAUACCGCCCAGCCUGGCGUUAACAGAUCGUGGAAGUCCAAGUUGGCAGAGAGGCAGGCCAAUGCAGCAUCCGAGGAGUACGUUAAGAAGCUGCCUCGGGUGGUGGAGAAGGAGAGGGGUAGAUUUGGCUGGGCCAAGAGACGUAAGACUCAGCGCUAUGUGGAGAAGAAUGGUCGCUGUAACGUUUCACACGGCAACAUGAGGGAGACGUACCGUUAUCUGACAGAUAUCUUCACCACGCUGGUGGACCUCAACUGGCGCUGCUCACUUUUUGUCUUCGUCAUGGCCUACGCCAUCACCUGGCUCUUCUUCGGGGCCAUUUGGUACCUGAUAGCCUACCUCCGAGGGGAUCUAGAUCAUCUGGAGGAUGAGACAUGGACACCGUGCGUCAACAACGUGAACGGCUUCAUCUCUGCCUUCCUCUUCUCCAUCGAGACAGAGACCACCAUUGGUUACGGCCACCGUGUCAUCACUGACCAGUGUCCAGUGGGCACCAUGCUGCUCCUGCUCCAGGCCAUACUGGGAUCUAUGGUCAACGCCUUCAUGGUGGGCUGUAUGUUUGUGAAGAUCUCUCAGCCCAAUAAGCGMGCGGAGACCCUGGUGUURUCUAAGAAUGCAGUGAUCUCUCUGAGAGACGACAGACUGUGUCUGAUGUUCCGGGUGGGAGACCUGCGCAGCUCACACAUUGUAGGAGCCAACAUGAGGGCCAAACUCAUCAAGUCUAAACAGACUCAGGAAGGUGAAUUUAUCCCUCUGGAUCAGACAGACAUCAGUGUGGGUUUUGAGACUGGGGACGACCGCCUGUUUCUGGUGUCUCCACUGGUCAUCUCCCACGAGAUCGACUGCCGCUCGCCCUUCUGGGACAUGUCUCAGGGCCAGCUGGAGAAGGAUGACUUUGAGAUGGUUGUUAUCCUGGAGGGAAUGGUGGAGGCCACUGGUAUGACGUGCCAGGCGCGGAGCUCUUACCUGGCAGACGAGGUCCAGUGGGGUCACAGGUUUAGUCCGAUGAUGUCACUGGCCGAAGGCUUCUUUGACAUUGACUAUGGCGCCUUCCAUCAAACCUUUGAGGUGGACACUCCCUCUUGCUCAGCGCACGAACUCUCAUUGGCUGCGGCCCGAUUGGAGGCUCAUCUCUAUUGGUCGAUCUCCAGUAAAUUGGACGAAGAGAAAUGGGAGGGAUCUUCUCUGACCAAUCAAUCAGGGAAGCAGCUAGACAAUGGGAAAGGAGGGGUUGUUGGCCCUGUUUCAUUUAUUGUUGGUGAGAUCACUGGAAUAGAAGAACAAUCCGGUCCAGGGGAGUUGAAUGGAAGUGUCACCACUGACCAGUCAGAAUCAGAGGCCUAAAGUAGAUUGGGGCACCCUAUCCCCUAUGCAGUGCACUUAUUUUGAGCAGAGCCCUGGUCCACAGUACUAUAAAUGUCAUGACAGGAUGAACCACAACUGCAGUACUGUAAAUUACUUUUAGCUAAUGUAUAACAUACAGCCAUAGAACAUUUUUUCCCCAAGGGAGAGUUGGGUGGUUUAAAUGGUCCAUUUUGCUCCUUUGUUGCUGUGUUGGAUAACAUUGACUUGAACAUGACAAAUUAUAUCAAUUCAAUUUUGUCUUUAAUUUCUCUGGUGAUAUUUGAUUGUUACCAUGAAUGUCUGUGCUUUACUAUAAUUAUAUUCUAUUGUUAUAGCUCCAAUAUCCUCUGCCAACAACAUACAUUAUAUUAAUUAAUUCACUUUUUUUAUUUAUUUUAAUUUUAAGAAUUAAGUAUUGACAAUUCUUUGUCAGGAAAGAGGAUGUUGUUCAGCCAGGUGAUAUAAUGGAAUGUUCAGAGACAUAGAAAGAGAACGGUGUUUUGGAACGUUCUGGAACGUUCAGAGAGAUAGAAAGAGAAGCAUGUCAUGUGUUGGCUGAAUUGGGGAGUCGAUGUAUAAAAGGAAUGAUGUAUUAUGGAUAGCGUCAUAGAAGAGAACAUGUAUGGUUUUUCACUUUAGCAUGUAUAGAGCAUAUCAAGGAAUCAAUUGAAAUAGUAUCUCUAAAUCUCUUUAUCUCUAAACAAAAAAAACAAGGAUUGUUUUUAAAAGAUUAUAUAGAAGUGUACAUUAUGAUCACAUUAAAACAACCACCAUUUUGUGAUUAAUUUAGAUGUAGAAUCAUUACUGUGUUAACAAUUUUAAAGGGUUACAUCAUAUGUACUGUAGCUUGUCACUGAAGAUGUCCCAACUGGAGACUAGUGGAAGUGUUCAUCCAACAAAACCAAGUAUUUUCUCUCUUGGGAAUGUUUCUGUGUGCUUUCACGUAGAAAGUAAGUAGCACAAUGAAAUAUUUUCUUUCUAUAGCCUCUUAGGAUUUAAGCACAACUGUGUUCCGCUCUGCUCACCCCAACCUCCUGCUUCUGCUGCUGUGUACAUAUGAGCCUUUUUACUUGAUGUUUUUAAUAUUUAAAAAAUCUGAAUUAUUAUCUAUCAAAAUUAAUAAACUAUAUU